AACACAUUUGCUGCUGCUCAUCACAUUCACUUUAUACCUUUAAGCACGCUAAGUGCGACACUGUGUCCUGAUCAUUGUCUAUCCAACACUGGGGGCUGCCUCAGAAUAUUACAUUGAUAAUGCUAUGUAGUGCGUGUGCGGAGCAUUUUGCUUUCGCUCGCCCCGACAUUGUUGAAAGCUGCAAGAAGACGAAGGAAAAUGCAAUCGACUACGCCACCAAACACGGCUUCGAUAAAUCUUAUCUCACUAUCAUGCGCCGUGAUCUGGCAAGAUACGAGCAACAGCUAGACGUCCAGACUCAACAUACUUUUCCGCGACCAUGGGCCACGGAGCGCAGUUUUGGCGAUCUCUUUCCCGUCUGUGAUUCUGUACCAGUUUGGCAGCAAUCUCAGCACCAACGCAGUUGGAAGCACUUGCAGUUGUCAGCCUCCCAGGCAGAGUGUCAGCUGUGCAUGACCCUUGUAGCCAUGAUACAGUAUGGCACAAAAGGAGUUGAAAUGGAGAGUACACAGCAAAUCACAAGCGACUGGCUUCUAGAACAGGGCAGCUGCCGUCCAUUCUGGCUCCGAUUUCUUAUUCAGAAAGAUGAUGCCCCGACUAUUCUCUUGCACUUUCAUGUUAGUGUGGACAGUGACAGCACAGACAAUAUCCUCAGACCUACUAGAAUGCCAUCCGGAUUGUCGACCGAGGACCAAACUUGCACCGAGUUUCUUUCUCAGACACUAUCAAAUUGUCUUUCGAAUCAUGCAUCGUGCGCCCAUAGCCAACUCGAUGCCUGGGUACCAAAAAGAUUACUUGACGUUCGCCUAAAUCCUCCUUACCCUGACUCCAUCGUGCUUGUCGAAAGCAAUGAUUUCCAGAAAUCGGUUGGAGAGCACGAAGUACGGUAUUUUACCCUUAGUCACGUGUGGGGAAGUUGUAGGCCGGCGAUGCUCACUCAAGCCAACUAUGCGGAUAUGAAGAAAGGCUUAAGAUUCGACGAGUUACCUCGAUGUUUCCGGGACGCUAUAAAGACGACCCGGAGCCUAGGUGCUCGAUACCUCUGGAUUGAUGCAUUAUGUAUUAUCCAAGACUCAUCCAAGGAUUGGGCUGAACAAGCGGCUUGCAUGGACAAAAUCUACCGAGGCGGUGUCUGUAAUCUUGCCGCCUGUGACAUUUCAGACUCCCACGACAGCCUCUUCUCACUCAGACAGCCUCAAGCUGGUGGUUCAAUCGUCCACCGGCAGACCUAUACAGAUUCCUCAGUAGUAUUCACAGUUCUGCCGGACUGGCCCCGCCUGACGUGGGAGGUCUCUAACUUGUACCGGCGGGCUUGGGUAAUGCAAGAACGGUGGCUCAGUUCCCGGAUCAUACACUUUUCCCAGUUUCCCAUCUGGGAAUGUAAGACUGCUCUUGUUACCGAAGGGUUUCCCCCGAACAACAGCAUUCGAAGCUCGGAUAACUUCCCCCACUUCCCCGAAACACAGAGAGGGUGGAUGUUUAAUCGUGAGAACAAGAUCGGUAUCAUAGAGCGGUGGUGGAAGUUGGUUGACCGCUAUUCGAAAUGCUCUCUGACUUACAAAAGCGAUAAACUGGUUGCCAUAAGUGGUAUGGCUAGAGUCUUUUCAACUCUUGUCAACGAACCUUACUAUGGUGGGAUCUGGGGAGGAAAACACCUCAUCCUGAGCCUACUCUGGACCCGGAUGUCAGUCAACACAUCAUCGGUUACGCUAACACCUUCACCGUAUCGAGCACCAUCCUGGUCGUGGGCAUCACAGGAUGGGCACAUACACACGUAUGAGUACCGCUCUAUAUUGCAUAUCCUGGCUGAAUUCGUCUCUACUGAUGUUGUGCCUAAGAGCGAGGAUGUGUUUGGUCAACUCAUUGGCGGAGAAUUAGUUUUAAGGGGGUUUCUCUUCGAAAUAUCUAACCCAAAUGAGCGCCGGAACUCUUUAGAGGGCUGGCUUGACUAUCGAGGGAGAGCGAACCUCAGUAUCUCACUUUAUUUCCUGCCGUUAGCAGAGUUGAAACUCCUGACUCAACCGCAGCCUAGGACUUUUGCUGGACUUUUUGUCCAAAUAACAGAGAAUGUGCCUGGCAAGUGGAAGUUCCAAAGAAUUGGUUGUAGACAGUUCAACAGAGGAUUUGGUCCUCAAUUUCUGGAUGCAGAUCAGUGGGACAGGCUGGAGAAUCUUCACUCCCCUGGGGAACAAGGGGAGCUAAUAAUCCUUAUAUGAUGUCUUGAAACUUAAAUGUAUCUUAUCC